UUUUCUCUAAUCACGAUGUAUGUUUACUACUGUGUUUGAUUUUGGAUAAAUAGAUGUUUACUGAGAAUGACGUAUUUUGAAAAGUUAGUAUUAUAAUCCUUUGGAUACUGAAAUUCCACAUAGAAAGUUCUCUGAAAUUUCUCUAUAUAGAAAUUUCUGGUUUUACCUUAAUGGAGCUCAAACUCCAUUAAGUAGAUAUGGGAAAUGGGGGAAAAGCAUACAGAGCCAACCAAACCACAAAGAUUAUCUUUCUAUUCUUUUGGUUGUUGUUGCCAGUUUUGGAUUUUCUAGAGUAUAUAUUUAACUUGUUGAUUUUUUUCCCUCUCUGGUGUGUAAUUGUUGUUAUAUAUUAACUUAAUGCCAGGCAACAGCACGAACUUACAAAUCACACUGGUGGGUUUUCGUAUUCUGUGUAGGACAAAGUUCAAAGCUCUGAUAAUUUCAUGGUCUGAGCGCUCCUGCCAAGUGACUGGAUCUGAAAUAAAAUUAUACCUACAAUGGUGUGACCACUGUAGUGGCAUUUUGAAGACUUGAAAAGGCAGUGGCCACCUCUGCAGAGACCCAUGAACACAGUAGUUAUGAAAGCCAGGCUGGUGGCCCUGGAGAUGAAGGUCUGGAGCUGGGACCUAUGGACACAGAUGUCUAUGUGGGUCUGAAGCAUACUGCAUUGUGGCCACGGGUGCCCUGCCCCAAGAACAUGACAACAGCUCAGAAUGGCCAUGGGCAAGGUGUUGCAGCCACCUGUUCAGCCUCAGAUCCAAAGGACCCCAGAAUGGUGACUGUCCCGGCAUGUCAGAAUGGAAGCUGUAGGAGCAGCCCCAGCAGUGACACUGAAGCCCCCGAAGCCAGAGUCAGCCCUUCCAAACUCGUGCGUCUUUUCGCUGUGAGCCGGAAAAGAAUGAGUGCCAAUCCUGAGAGGCCCCGUUCCAUGGUCCUGAUGGGGAAUUCUUCAACAUGGAAUGCACUGGCCUCCUUCCGGAAAAUGGGAUCUUUUAAAAAACUGAAGUCGUCUGUCUUUCAAGGAAUUCAGAACCGGGAGGGCUUAGGUGCCUCAAAGGAAGAUGCAUCAGAACAUGACCUGGGAAAAGCAAUCCCUAAUGGUGUGGGAAUUGAUGCUAGCAGAUGUUCCUUGUUGGGACAGUCAUGUGACCCCCACAGGGCAGGGGAAGGAGGUACAUCCGAUGGCUCUGACCCCGAGGACACAGACGAUGCCUUCCAGAGGAGUACCCACCGCUCCCGCAGCAUCCGCAGGGCCUAUGGUCUGGGACGCAUCAAUCUACUGGAUUCUGAGAAACAUCACACCCCUCAGAACCAUGUUAGGCCUCUGUCCCCCAUCAUUCAGGAGCCCACCCUGUGUGAAAUCCUAGUGAAGGACUCUGAAAACAACAGCAUCAUCUACAGGAGGAGCAAGAGCACAGACAACUUAAACUUUCUGAAGAAAAGUUCCUUCAAACGAAAGUCCACCUCCAAUCUUGCAGACCUCCGUGCGGCUAAUGAAAAGCAAACACCCCAACGGACCCUGAGCAGUUCAUCUGCAGACUCCGAAAAACUUGGUGGGUCAGAGAGAAGGAUGAAACGCUGGAAGAGCCCCAUAAGGGCCAAGGACUUUGACAGAGUCUUAAAACUUAUGAGCAAUGUGACUGAUGCUGCCUGGAAGAGAGAGGGUUCCAAGAAUGGGGCCCCCUCCCCCAGUGAGGCAAACCUCAGACUCCGGCUGCACAGCAGACUGCAUGAUGACUACUCACGCCGCGUGUCCAGCAGCACCGAGCAGGACAGAAGGCGAGGCGUGUCGCCAGGGCACAGUGCUGCUGCGUCCUGCCCCACAGCUCCUGGCUUCAGCUCUACCCCUUCUCAGGAGCCCCGCCUGGAUGUUGACACAGCAGUGUUCCCUCUUGAAGCCCAAAGCUCCCGGGCAUCAGAAAGUGAUGGUCCCUCUGCCAGCAGCCCCUCAAGUCCAGUUGACUUGAAAGUGUUGAGCAAAACCUCCAGUGAGCCAAAUGCAGGCAGCCAGUUUACAUUUGACCCCAGGCAGCCUCCCAUCCCUCUCAGGCCCACCUCGCCCAAGCCCCAGAGCCCUCAGAGCCCAGGGACAGGAGGCACCAAGUGUCCCAACAGUCUCAGUGCAUUGUCACUGAGUUCAGUGGAAAGUGAAGAAAGGACAGAAGAUUCCACUCAGAGAGAGCCAAGGCCUGUGUCCUUCCAGGACUCGGUGCAAACCACAUGUGGUGACGAAGGUGGCAAUGGAAGUGGUAGUGGCAGCCACCCUCAGCUGAGCCUUUGUGGGACAGCCAGUCCCAAGGAAAAUAAGGAAGAGGUUGUGACUGGUGAUCCCUGGAGGCCAGGCUCAUCCCAGGAUGAGGAGAGGACAGAGGUGCCCAGGAUCACCAGGAGGAGAUGGGGCUCCGGGAAGCGGUCCAGACCGCGGCCACUGUCUGACUAUGGCCAGCUGGCCAGCCGAAGUUUGUCCAUUCCUGAAGACUCCGUUGCUGUGGACCCCCAGAGCAAGGACUGUGUGGAUGGGCCCCCCCUGGAGAACAUGUCCUCCACUGGUUCUGCAGACAAGAAUGUUUCAGCCAGCUGUACCAAAGGAGGUCGGAGAAGACGCCCCAUUUCUGUGAUAGGAGGGGUCACCUUCUAUGGCAACAAACAAACAGAGGAAAUCGAGAGUCUUCUAACCCAACCAACAGCCAGGCCACCCGUGCCCGCUCACCAGGUGCCACCCUACAAGGCAGUGUCGGCCAGGCUCAGGCCCUUCACAUUUUCCCAGAGCACCCCCAUUGGACUAGACCGUGUGGGACGUCGGCGGCAGAUGAGAGCAUCCAAUGUUUCUUCAGAUGGAGGUACUGAGUCCUCUGCCUUAGUCGAUGACAACGGUAGCGAGGAAGACUUCAGCUAUGAAGAACUCUGUCAGGCCAAUCCCCGGUAUCUACAGCCAGGCGGGGAACAGCUGGCCAUUAAUGAGCUGAUCAGCGAUGGCAGCGUGGUCUGCGCAGAAGCUCUCUGGGACCAUGUGACCAUGGAUGACCAGGAACUGGGCUUCAAGGCCGGGGAUGUCAUCCAGGUCCUGGAAGCCUCGAACAAAGACUGGUGGUGGGGCCGGAACGAGGAUAAGGAGGCCUGGUUCCCUGCAAGCUUUGUCAGACUUCGAGUCAAUCAGGAAGAGCUGUCUGAGAAUUCUAGUAGUACACAUGGUGAGGAGCAGGAGGAGGAUACCAGCACAAGCCACCACAAGCACUCUGAGAACAAGCACCAGAUGCGGACAAAUGUCAUCCAGGAGAUCAUGAACACUGAACGGGUGUACAUCAAACACCUCAAGGACAUCUGCGAGGGCUAUAUUCGACAGUGCCGCAAGCACACGGGAAUGUUCACUGUUGCACAGCUAGCCACUAUUUUUGGAAACAUUGAAGACAUUUACAAGUUCCAAAGAAAGUUCCUGAAAGACCUUGAGAAACAGUAUAACAAAGAGGAACCUCACUUAAGUGAAAUAGGAUCCUGCUUCCUUCAGCAUCAAGAGGGCUUUGCCAUCUAUUCCGAGUAUUGCAACAACCAUCCAGGAGCCUGCGUGGAGCUCUCCAACCUCAUGAAGCAGGGCAAGUACAGGCACUUCUUCGAAGCUUGCCGCCUGCUCCAGCAGAUGAUUGACAUCGCCUUGGAUGGGUUCCUCCUCACGCCAGUGCAGAAGAUCUGCAAAUACCCUCUGCAGCUGGCAGAGCUGCUCAAGUACACCACGCAGGAGCACAGUGAUUACAACAAUAUAAAGGCAGCCUAUGAGGCCAUGAAGAAUGUGGCCUGUUUGAUCAAUGAGCGUAAACGCAAGCUGGAGAGCGUUGACAAGAUUGCUCGCUGGCAGGUGUCCAUUGUGGGCUGGGAGGGAUUGGAUAUUCUAGACCGAAGCUCAGAAUUGAUUCAUUCAGGGGAAUUGACCAAAAUCACUAAGCAGGGCAAGAGCCAGCAGCGGACCUUCUUCCUGUUUGACCAUCAGUUGGUGUCCUGCAAGAAGGACCUGCUACGCAGGGACAUGCUGUACUACAAGGGUCGCAUGGACAUGGACGAGAUGGAGCUUGUGGAUGUGGAGGAUGGGCGGGACAAGGACUGGAACCUCAACGUGAGAAACGCCUUCAAGCUGGUCAGUAGGACCACAGACGAGGUUCACCUGUUCUGUGCCAAAAAACAGGAAGACAAGGCAAAGUGGCUGCAGGCCUGUGCGGAUGAGAGGCGUCGGGUGCAGGAGGACCAGGAGUUGGGAAUGGAAAUUUCAGAAAAUCAAAAGAAACUAGCCAUGUUAAAUGCUCAGAAGGCAGGACAAGGAAAGUCAAAAGACUAUAGCGGAUGCCCUGUUGCCCCGCCGCACCAGAACCUGCAUCCCCUCCACCAGCGCCACAUCACCGUGCCUACCAGCAUCCCCCAGCAACAGGUGUUUGCCCUGGCAGAACCCAAGAGAAAGCCUUCCCUCUUCUGGCAUACCUUCCAUAAACUCGCCCCUUUCAGGAAGUGAGAAGCAGGCCCAUACUUCCCCUGAGGGACUGUGAAGAGGAGAACCAUGUUCAUUUCUUUUGUGUGAAACCCAGGGAAAGUUUCUUGGGCCCAGUGUUGAAAACUUCUUUGGGGGCUCAAGGAAGGAGUUGGACUCACCUUCACUUCAGAGAUCCUGCUGCUUUCGUGGAAAGGAGGAGAAGGUCAUGACACAUAGCUCUGCCCUGCAUGAGAAGCCCCAAGGAGCACUCUGAGGUGGCUGGGACUUUGGAACCAGGGUCAAGUUCUACAGGAAUGCUGCUGUGGUAGCUCCACAAGCCCCACUAGUGAUGGGGACACUCCUGCAGUUCCAGAGCACCGAGAGCUUUUCAGUGCUAAGGAAAUGACUCAAUUAGAGGAUUGAGUCUGCAUUUGAUUUUGAAGGGAAUCAACGAUGGGGAGUAGCUAUAAUGCUGCCUCUCCCUACCAUGUGUCUGGUCACACUUAGAAGGUGAGCUUUUACUCCCUCUGGUAGUAUUAGGGGAUCAACAGCUGCUUGGAGAUGACCAGGGUGUUCCCUGGUGUCACCUGUGUCUACACAGUUGCCAAAUGUAGGCUUCAUCUUGCAAGGUGCCUCCUCUUCAAGCUAGUCGGGAAAAGUACAUCCGUCUCCUGGCAGCACAGCUUGAGAUGUGGGGGCACUGAGGCAUCCUCCAGGUCAUGCUACUUUCAAGGCCAGCUUGUUUGUCCUUGGCAAGUCGGAUCUUCACCUGCCUGUGUGCCUUGUGUAACUCCCUGAGCAGAAAUCACAUCUCACUCAUUCAUCCUAACCAAGAAACAGCAUUCAAACAACUGUUUGCGAUAUAAAAGCUCAUUUACUUUAAUUUUUUAAUGACAUGAGAAUGGAAACCAGUUGGAAAGCAUUCUUAAAAACAUCCUGCACAUCUUCUAACAGUUGUUUCCGAUGUCUUCAUCAGUAAAAUUACAACUCGGAAGAACCCAUGAAGAAAACACAGGGCAGAACAAUCCUGCUUCUCUGGGGUUUAAAGCUGCCUUUGUCCUAUAAACUCAAAACGGUGGAGAUUCACUGCCUGUGAAAGACACCUUAGCAAAAUAUCUAGGCUCAAAGACAGGAGUCUCUUUUUAAUGGAGGCCACACAGGCUGAUGCCUGCAGAAAAUAAUCUCCUUUUCUUUGCCUAUACUGAGAAGUAUGAUGAAAGUAACUUUUAAAUAGUCUGGAGAAGACAGGCUCUGCAUCAGUGUGCAGAGGAUAUUGUGUCACAUAGUUUGUGGAUUUCUGUUUGAGAAGCUCAUUUUUUUGUAUACUAUUCUUGCAAAGUUUCUUCCCCCACAGACCCAAGCUUGAGAAUAAACAAGUCUACAAAUUUAAAGAGGAAGGUGUUAACUUUAAGGAUGUAGUUCCUCCUUUCUCCCCUGCCUUGCCAUAUGCAGAGUUAUUCAUGCAUCAAGAAAACAUAACUCUGGACCUCUCUGCUGGGCCCUUAGGGCAUUUUGUGACUAUUCAAAUGCCUGCUUACAUUGGCUUGCUGAGAGUUUGCCUUGCCCUGUGGUUUACAGCCUCAGGGUUGCUUCUUUCUCACCACAGGUCCCUUGACAGAAGAGGUGCUAUGGCUUCGUGCAUUGGUUGUGUGUAUAUGUGUGUGUCCAUGAAUAACUGUUUCAACCUCAGUUGCAUUUAUAUAACUGACAUUUUUACUAACAAAAUGUAAUGAUAUAUUUUGAAAACUACUUUUCUGUGCUAAAUAGAGUUGUUUGUAUGUACAGCAAUUUUGAACAGGUUUUUGUUGUUUUUAAUGUAAUAUAAGAGAAUUGCUUUAAGGUAGUAAAAAAUAUCAUUUACUUAUGUUACAUUUUCAGUGAGGACUCAUUCGAGUAAGGAGUCAGAGGGCUUCCGUUUGCUAGUAUUGACCAAUUGGCAGUGAGCAAAGGCUUUAAGGUUUUGUGACCAGUCCUAACAUGUUUCCCAGCUGAGUCCUAUCUUCUAGUUCCCAUCUACCUCCAUGGACUCCCUAACAGAGAAUCCUGAACACCAGGACAUGUUUUGAUUAAGUCAAAGUCAGUUCAAGACCUGGGAUUGUGAGAAUCAGUUUUGUAAAGCGUGAUGGUCAUUUGAUGAUGUCAUUUGAUUAUAUACUUUGCCUGGGUGGAUUCUACUUGGAUUCUGAGGUGAUUUUGAAAACUGCUAACAUAUAUAUUUUUUUAAAGGCUAGAACAUCCUUUAACUACUUAAAUCUGUCUAGCUUGGGUUUUGUUACUAAAUACCUGGGUUCUGCAAAGAAUAGAAGGCCUCAGUUAUUCUUGUUUUCAGUUUGCCAUACUUCCUUUUUGAUUUGCGUCAUGUUCUACUUGGAGAGAGAAAAAGAGGCAACAAAAAGCCCCUGCCCGUGUGAAUUUUAUUGGGAAACCCCACCUCCACCCACUGCCCAAUCUCUCUAUCUUCUCCACCCCCAACCCUGGGUGGGCCUUUUUAUUUUUUGGCCUUAUAAAUAUGUACAAUUUUUAUGAUUUUAUGUACCAGUUUAAAAAAUAAAUUUAAAUUUCUUUUUAAAGUCAGGCUUUAAUGACUUCACUGGUUGACAACAUCUGGAUGAAUUUCAUUAGUGUAUCACAAUUUGCUAACUCUGUGAAAGACAGUUGAAAUGGCCUUGAGCAGCUUUCUCGGUUUUGAUAUCCCUAAAGGUAUGAGAACCCUGUAGUGAAUUAUAAGCCAUUCUAAACAAUAUUUGAAAAGUCCUAGAGAAGGAACAUUCGUUGUCUUUGGCCUGCUAACAAGGAAGAGGGUAACAAGCAGUUUGCCAACUCUGUCAAGGGAUACUGUGUGCAUGGUUUGUUUUCAGUAAAUCUGGGUUUUGUCUCCGGUUGGUAGAUGUGAUUUUGUUAUUGAAAACAUAUCACCACCAUCAAUGCCAUAUCCAAAUACUGUACCCUUUUAUACCUAAUCUAUUGAAGACUAAUGCCACAUCCUGUGAUGUUAUUGUAUAGCAAAAGUGUUUUAUUUCAAAAUUUACUUCACAAUCGAAAUCUUUUGUAAAAACCAGGUGAUUUAGCAUCUGGCCAGGUAGAAAUCUCUGCAUGCCUAAAUUGCUGAUAUUCCUGAAUACAAAUCAACCUACUUUCCUAGACAGAAUAGAAGAGUCUGAUUACCCAGAGCUGGGGGAGUAUUACUGCAUUAUUCUUGCAUGAAGGAGAGGAAAACCAGUGAAGUGUCUGUAAAAGGACAGUGCCAACAAGUGUGAAUAAACAUCCUUUCAAUGAAUGGCUUAUAGACCAGGGAUGUUGGACCCAACUUAUAGAUUAAACUGCUAGCAAAGUUUUCCCUGUAAUAUGCUUCACCUAAAAACUAUUCUUGCUAAUCUUGUUUAUUUUCAGGAUGUAAUGCAAAUGGAGUUCAAAAAAUUUUGGGAAAAAGUGGAAAAUUUUAGCUGGUCUUGGAAGGAUUUAAAAAAAAACCCAGAAGCUUAAAUGUUUCAUGUAAAUUUACCUAGUAGAACAUACUUUUUAUUACUGCUUUUAGUUAUCACAUUGGCAUUGACAUUUGUAUUUAGAAAAUACUUUAAACCAACUCUGUAAUUUAAUAAUUAGUCUUUUUGUACAUAAUAGAACCCAUUGUGUAUGACUUGCUUACCCACUUUGCAAGGCUUUGGUAAUUUUUAACUCAUCCAUAUAAAGAUGAUGUUGUCUGUAUAAGUCAGUGAUGCUUCCAAACUGGUGGAUUAGCUUUGACAGCUAAAGUCUGGUCUACAAGAAUACUGUAACUUGAUAUGUAUUUUUGUUGAAAUUCUUUUUGUAAAAAAAAAAAAAAUUAUUUACAAUGUUAUUUGAAUGAUUUAUUGUAAAUGCUGUGAAUCUAUAUUUGUUGUUUUGUAUCUGUAUAUUAAAAUUAAUUUCCCAAA